CGAUGACGGAAGCGGACGCGGUGCCGCAGCGCCUGUGAGCCGCUCUCAGUUUGCGGAACCGAUGGGCGUCCUGCACCAUGACACUCGGUAACUUUUCGCCCUCGAUCGGCCCCGCUGUUUGCGUUGUCGCCGCUUCGUUCUCCGUGUGCGGGCUGGAGCACUGACAGGGCGCAAAUGUCCCACUUGCUGCAUGCGGCGGCCGGGGUUAAAUGGACCAAGUCCAGGGCCGCCCGUAGAGCCGUCUUCCUGCUCCUGGCCGCCUACGGUGUCAAGAGGUUGUACCCGCUCCUCUAUCAUCAGCUCCACGGCAAAGCUCAGCCCGAAACACCGGCUUCUCGCCAUUCCCGCAACCACUGCCCUGCCAAGAAAUCUCCUGCUGUCGACGCGGACUUCUUGCAGCAACUGAUCGGUCUGGGGAAAAUCCUCUUCCCCAAACUGGUUACCAAGGAGCUAGGCUUGCUCUGCCUGCACUCGGUGGCUCUGAUUUCUAGGACCUUCCUCUCGAUUUAUGUGGCGGGCUUGGACGGUAAGAUAGUGAAGAGUAUCGUUGAGAAGAAACCCAGGACCUUUGUGCUGAAACUGGUCAAAUGGCUCCUGGUGGCCAUCCCGGCCACCUUCGUCAACAGCGUGAUCCGCUAUCUGGAAUGCAAGCUGGCCCUGGCAUUUCGCACCCGCCUGGUCGAUCACGCCUAUCGAACCUACUUCACCGAUCAGACUUAUUACAAGGUCAGCAACAUGGACGGAAGGCUGGAGAACCCCGACCAGUCGCUGACGGAGGAUAUCAUGAUGUUUGCUCAGUCCAUCGCUCACUUGUAUUCCAACCUGACCAAACCCAUCUUGGACGUAAUGCUGACUUCCUACACCCUGAUCCAGACCGCGACCUCCCGGGGAGCAAACCCCACGGGACCCACGCUUUUAGCCGGGCUUGUCGUUUAUGCCACAGCCAGGGUAUUGCGAGCCUUCUCUCCGAGGUUUGGCAAGCUGGUGGCCGAAGAAGCUCAAAGGAAGGGAUACUUGAGAUACAUCCAUUCACGUAUUAUAGCCAAUGCAGAAGAAAUUGCUUUUUACAGGGGACACAGGGUGGAAAUGAACCAGCUGCAGAGAAGUUACAAGUCACUUGCUGCCCAGAUGAAUCUUAUUUUAUCCAAAAGACUUUGGUACAUUAUGUUGGAGCAGUUUCUAAUGAAGUAUGUGUGGAGUGGGAGUGGAUUAGUGAUGGUGGCACUUCCAAUAAUCACGGCGACAGGUUUUGCAGACAAUGAGUCAGAAGAUGGACACAAGCAAGUAAGUUUGGUUAGUGAACGAACUGAAGCUUUCACCACUGCACGCAAUCUGCUGGCUGCUGGAGCUGAUGCGAUUGAAAGAAUUAUGUCUUCAUACAAAGAGAUCACUGAAUUGGCAGGCUACACGGCCCGAGUGCACAACUUAUUUUCAGUUUUUGAUGAAGUUCAGAGAGGAAUAUACAAGAGGUCCACAAUCAAUCAAGAAAUGGAAACUGACUGCAGCAAAGUAGCUAAACAUGGAUUCCACAUUGAAGUACCUUUGGAACAAAAAGGACAAGUUAUUGACGUUGAUGUAGGAAUUAUUUGUGAAAAUGUCCCAAUUAUUACCCCAAAUGGUGAGGUCGUCAUUUCUAGAUUAAACUUUAAGGUUGAUGAAGGUAUGCAUCUCCUUAUUACUGGUCCAAAUGGCUGCGGAAAAAGUUCUUUGUUCAGGAUAUUGAGUGGUUUGUGGCCGGUGUAUGGAGGAGUAUUGUAUAAACCACCUCCUCAGCACAUGUUUUAUAUUCCACAGAGACCGUAUAUGUCUGUUGGAACUCUGAGAGAUCAGGUUAUCUACCCAGACUCUGUGGAAGACAUGAGUGAGAAAGAGUGCACAGAUCUGGAUCUGGAGCAUAUCCUAGAUAUUGUUCACCUGAAGCACAUUGUACAGAGAGAGGGAGGAUGGGAUGCAGUUACUGAUUGGAAGGAUGUCCUGUCUGGAGGUGAGAAACAAAGGAUGGGCAUGGCACGAAUGUUCUAUCAUAGACCAAAAUAUGCAUUGCUGGAUGAAUGCACAAGUGCUGUGAGCCUUGAUGUUGAAGGCAAGAUAUUUCAAACUGCAAAGGAAUUUGGGAUCUCAUUGCUUUCCAUUACUCACAGGCCGUCUCUAUGGAAAUACCACACACACUUGUUACAGUUUGAUGGGGAGGGUGGCUGGCGAUUUGAACAAUUGGAUACUGCUACUCGACUUUCUUUGGCUGAAGAAAAGCAAAGACUUGAAUCUCAACUAGCCGGAGUCCCACAAAUGCAACAACGACUGAAUGAACUGUGCAGAGUUUUGGGAGAGGAUUCUGUACUAAGAACCACUGAAAUUGAAGAGUAACAACACUGGUAAUGAAUGUGAAUAACAUGACAAAGAGUUACAAAUGAAUUGCAUGAGACAAACAAAAUAAAUAAAUACAAUCUCCUAUUUAUUAAAGAUCAUUAACUAGUUUCUUCCAGUACAAUAAAUAACCUUAUGUUUCCUUUGAAAUACUGUGAUGUGUUAACUCUUUUUACAGGUUUAUGUUGUUGUAAUAUUAGAAUUUAGUUAACUUAAAGACAUUUUCUUAAAAAUAUUAUGAAUGUUGUGAGGAAACUAAAGUUUAUACUCUGCAAGAUACCACUCCCAUUCUUUAAAUACAUUUAUAGGUUCUGCCGCAAUUAUUUGAACAAAAAUAUCAUGUAUCAUCUGGUACAGCAAGUGGCCAGCCUAGAUCUUGAUAAGGAUGGUGCAGCAUCACCACUUGUUUAGCACUGUGCCCAGGAUAUUCCUUUAUAACAAACAAAGUUUUAUUUUAAUUCUAAGAAUCCAAUGUUUGAGGAAAAGAGGAAGAAUAGGGAGGGAUUCUUCAAUAUGCUUCUGAUUUUCAAUAAUUGGAAUAAAUGCAGAUCUGAACAAUGUAAGAUCUAGAAUUUUAACCAUGUUUUAACAUGAACUAUCCAUUCCCUUUUUGAUCCAGUUACAGAACUCAAGUAAAUACUACUUCAUUUCUUGCAGCUCCCAUAUACCACUUUAUGCUAACUAAAAAAAUGCUUAUUUUUUCCAAAAUAAGACUGUUUAUCUUAAAUAUUAAUAGCCACUAUAGUUUAUAUUAAACAUAGAUCUUUUGCGACAACAAAAGAAGUAUUUGGACAUGCUUAUCUGCAUUUUACGAUGAGAUAGUCUAACAGUGGAGUUUAACGAAUAUGCUUGGGUUCAUCUUAUUCUUUUCCAAAGUACUCCUCAAUUAUAACCUAUUCAAAUCAAAGUUGAAGUUCCUGACACAGAAUUUGUUCUCUCUCUAUAUUUAGAUUCCUCGCACUUGUGCUCGAAGACCAAGUCUUUGUAUUAUUUCUUGUUUUUAAAUCUUUGGAGAAUUGAUUUUUGUUUUAUCCAGUUUGAGCCUUUUCCUCCUCAUCAGGAUGAUGUAAUUGGUGAAUUUUACAGCUGUUGAUUGGCCGACAGGACAUGGUGCAGGAUUGGUCUUGUUUCAGUUGCAACUGUCCUGAUUCAAUAAAACUUUGUGUGCAAAGUAUUCCAUGUAGAGUUUAUGAAACUUGUGCACAGAGGAAUGUUAGUUCGGAUAUCCAUCGAAGCCAGUAUUUAAACCUGUAAGGUAUAACUGUCAGUCUAAAACGUAUCGUCCGAGCUCCUGGGUGUCUUUUCUAUUUGCUUUUAACAAAAAAACGUUAAGUUUGAAGUAUUUUUAUUAAUUGUAUUAAAUCGUCAUUGGUCCAUUGUAAUUUUUAGUGUUUCUGUAAGUGGGAUUGACUUCUAAAUAAACAGGUCAUUUAUAUCUCUGUGACAAAGUUUGUUUCAAUAUUAAAAAAACACAAAUAAAUUUAGACCUUAUUAUAUUCCUGGGACAGAAAUUGCCAGUAAUAUUCUGUCUUUGAUUGCAUGUUUGUACGCUGUAAAAGAUUGGUUUCCAAGAAGUAUUGUAUUAGUUUAACUAAAUUAUACUGCACUAUCUCAACCCACCUUCAUAUUCUCAAUCUCUUUUGCAUGAUGCAUGCCAUCAUAUAGUAAGUAAAUCUGAUCAUACAGUUCUGUGAAAGUAUUAUGACAUAACAGUUCCAACAAAAUAUUCGUAUGGCUGGACUAGGAUUUGACUGAUAAAAAGCUUGUGCACAGGAAACAAGCAAGGCUGUCUUCCUUAUGUGUUUUGAAAGAACCUUAUAAUUCCAGAUUAACUGCAUUUUGUGCCAUGAUGUGAAAAACUACAAGGAACUUUGGUUAGAAGUUCAUCAUGGUGGUGAUGCAAAAUAAGCAAUGAGCUCACUAAAUUCACUUCUGAUGCAGUCAGUGAAACAGAAUAUUAACUUCUUCAUUUAAAGAGCAGCUGAACCUAGGCUUUUCUGAUUUGUGCUACUGCUUGAGACAAAUAUCCAACCCUACACGCUUUGCAUGUCUGUAAUUUUUGAGGUGGUAAUUCUGGUACAACUGAUCAAACACCAAAUUUCAAGUUAGGAAAUUGUAGGCCAAUAUAUAAUAAUCUUUAGAGUAGAUAUGGAAGAUCUAUUUGACCAAGGCUUACUUUUGACAGGUAUGAUCAAACUAUGAAAAAAUGGAUGAGGUAAUGCACAUUAGUAGUUAAGUAAAAAGUAAAGCUACUCAAGAAAUCUUAAAUGUGGUAUUCUGCAUUUAACACCUAAAAUUAGCCAGUUUUUCUUUGAAUUUUUAGAGAUGGUAAAGGGAAUUGGAUUAACAAGCGGAAAUGUAAUAUAAAAAUACAGCAGGCAGUAUUUUCAAUGUGUUUUAUAGUUUACCAACACAGGCAAAAUUUGUAAGUGGUGACCAAUUUCGGUAUACUUGAAAUACCAUUAUAUUCAGCUUCCAUUUUGGACUGUUUGGAAUUAAUACUUAAACUGACCUGUAAAUAUCUUCAGGAAGAAUAGCUUGCACAGUCCAGUCAAUGCAGAGAGCAAGUGGCAUAAUCUAAACUAAAUCAAAAAUUCAGCUCAAACGAAUAUGAACUCAGUUUUGACAUUUAAAUUGCUGUUUUAUUUCAUCUGUAAGUAAAUGCACUAUAUGUAUUGUAUUUUGGACAACAUACUAGUCUCAUUGUUGCGUUAUAAUAAUUAAAAUUUCUUAUUCAUCAUGAA